AUGACCCAGCGUCGGAGCACGGGACGGGUAGGGAGGCGGUCAAAGGCGGAGGAAGAGGAGCGGGCAAAGGAGGAGGAGUGGGCGAGGGAGGAGGCAUGGGCGACGCGGGAGGAGCGGGUGAGAGAGGAGGUGCAGGCGAAGGAGGAGGGGGAGCGGACAAGGGCGAGGCGGGCAAUGGAGGAAGAGUGGGCGACGCGGGAGGAGCGGGUGAGGGAGGAGGUGCAGGCGAAGGAGGAGGGGGAGCGGGCAAGGAUGAGGUGGGCAACGGAGGAGGAGUGGGCGAGAGAGGAGGAGCGGGUGAGGGAGGAGGUGCAGGCGAGGGAGGCGCGGAAGCGGGACAUAGAGAGUGGCACUGCCAGGGAGACUAUUAAAUAUAAGGUUAUUGUCCACCCCCGCAGCUACAGGGUAGUAGGCUAGUCCCAGUAGCCUUUAAGUAGCUAACUACGUUAUAGGAUUCCGGAGUGAGCUGUCGGCCAAUCCCGAUCGGCAGGUUCUCAGCAGAUAUCGAAGCUGUUAGUGUUGAGGCACACCAGCAGGAUCGAGACGCGAAGACGGUAGAUGCAGCUCAAGCCAGCCAAAGCCAUACCAAAAGGUCAGAAAAAGAAUAUGAACAGCGCGAGAUGGAAGUUAAAUACCCCCUUUGGUUUAAAUAUCCUCCCUGGACACUCGUUAUUGGUACUGCUAUUGCCUGCUUAAUAGUCCUAGGCGUCUUGCAGUUGGACGGUCAGGCCACCGGAACGUCUACCGCUCGCUAUGCUACCAACGUCCAGGGACAACCUUCGUGUGAUGGACUACUAUCCCUACAGGGAAGGGCACUCCAGGCAUAG